AUGGCUGUUACUGCUCUCGGUAAUUCGGAAGAUUUCGAUGCCUUCCUGAAGGCUGCGAGAUACGGUGAUGUCGAGGAAGUACUCAAACUGUUGGAAGGUCACCCUGAGCUUGUGGAGGAGUCCGAUGCGUUCACGAAGAGCACAGCGAUGCUACUAGCCGCCGCCAACGGACAUAGUGAAGUCGUCCAGGCUCUAUUGGAGAAAGCCGGGGAAGGAAAAAAGAAAAUAGUGGUGAACCAAGCGAAUGGCCAAGGCAACACUCCACUCCAUUGGGCGGCUCUGAAUGGACAUCUCGCCGUUUGCAAGAUCCUUGUGGGCGCAGGAGCAGACGCUACAGCUGUAAACAAGGCAAAACGCACUCCGUACGAUGAAGCAUUAGCCCGGCAUUUCCAGGAGGUUUGCGUCUAUUUGGCGAAGUUCUCGGCUCUCGAGACCGGGUCGUAG